AUGAAGGCACAGCGUGUGCCCCUCUGGCUCCUGGGUGCCAUGCUCCUGCAGUGCUCCGUGCACACCCGAGGCCUCAGAAAGUGUCUGAUUUCCACGGACGUGCACCGUGCUGGAGAGAGCUUCUGAGCAAUCAGAAGAGCCAUCCAAGCUAAGGACGCCUUCCAAAAUGUCACCAUCCUGUCCGCAGUGGAGACCCUGCACCGCAUUAAGCCCCUAGACGUGUGCUGCGUGACCAAGAACCUCCUGGCGUUUUACAUGGACAGGGUGUUCAAGGACCAUCAGGGGCUGAACCCCCAAAUCUUGAGAAAAAUCAGCAGCAUUGCCAACUCUUUUCUCUCCAUGUGGAAGACUCUGCAGCAAUGUGAGCAGAGGCCGUGUCACUGCAGGCAGGAAGCCACCAACGCAACCAGAACCAUCCACGACAACUACAGUCAGCUGGAGGCCUGAUCUGCCGCCGUUAAGUCUCUGGGAGAGCUUGACGUCUUUCUAGCCUGGCUUGGCAAGAACCGUCAAGGAAGUUCCUCCAUCUGA